GUCUGGGUUGCAUGCAUGGCAUUGGUCCACUGGUGAUAUGACGGAGAUGGUGUUGGUCCCUUUGGAGCAGGGGGCCCGACAGGACAGACCCUGGACGGUGCCACCUUGGAAAGCUUAUCUGGGUGCCAACCCGCAUGCCCUGGUUUGUGCAACUUUGGGGGAGAACCUGCUCGGUGGGUGAUAUAAUUACCACGUCGAUCGCGCCUGUUCUCUGGUUGCGCCCUGUGCUUGUGUUCCCCUCUGUAUCUUGCGUAUCCAUACCAGUCCAAUUGGGCCUGUCCGGAAUCGCAUUGAGGCUGCGGGAGUUCUUGGCUGCGCCUUGGAUACUGCAACAUGCCGUUCAACAUCCGAAAGCCGUUCGCCCGGCGGACGACUGAUCAUCCCGUGACUGAAGGGAACGCGCCCACCAACGUCAGUGAAGUCGACGCUGAUGGCAAGACUGUUCCCCGAACCGACAGUCCUGGUCAGGAAGACGCCGCCAUCGCCUCCGGCGUGGAUCAGCUGAAGAAAUUCAAGAAGACGCAUCAAUGGGACUAUAACCUUGAUUAUGACACUAUUGAAGCUGCCACUAAGGUCGCUGAGACCGACGAUGUCGAGAAGAAGGCCAACUUCGAGCACGCCUUGCUCGAGGAGGACUCACCUUACUUCGAAGUCAGAGCCUCGGUGCGGAACUACGACGAGGAAAUGCCGGCAAACACUAUCAGGGCUUGGUUUAUUGGUCUGACCGCGACUACAAUUGUCUCGGCUGUCAACCUGCUGUUCUCUCUGCGCAACCCGUCAAUCAGUAUUUAUGUCUACGUUGUGCAGUUGCUUGCGUAUCCGGUGGGAUGCGGCAUGGCUCGUAUCCUACCGAACCACGAGUUCAACACAUUUGGAUUGAAAUGGAACCUCAACCCUGGCCCCUUCAACAUGAAGGAGCAUGCCAUUAUCGUCAUGAUGUCAUCUGUGUCUAUCCAGGGUGGUGUCGCCUAUGCCACCGACGUCCUGCUGGCUCAACAAGUUUUCUACAAGCAGCACUUUGGCUGGGGUUUCCAGAUGCUCCUGGUACUCACCACACAGUGUAUUGGGUUCGGCAUGGCCGGAAUCGUGCGCCGAUUCUUGGUCUGGCCUGCUGCAAUGAUCUGGCCUCAAACGCUUGCCCAAACGGCUCUUAUGUACACUCUCCACGACCACAAACCGACCGAUCCCGCCCUUGCAAAUGGUUGGAGCAUUGGGAGAUACCGAUACUUCCUCUACGUCUUUGCUGGGAGCUUUACAUGGUACUGGUUCCCAGGCUGGAUUGCCCAGGGACUGACCUAUUUCGACUGGAUUUGCUGGAUCGCGCCCAACAACAUGGUUGUAAACCAGAUCUUCGGCAACAACGCUGGAUUCGGUCUUCUCCCAAUCACUUUUGACUGGACUAUCAUGACUGCCUUCAUUGGCAGCCCCUUGCCAUACCCUCUAUUCUCUAUCGUGAACACGCUGAUCGGUGUCUUUAUCUUCUUCUUGGCGGCCGGGCUCGGAGUGUUCUACACCAAUACUUGGUGGACUCAGUACCUACCAAUCGCGAGCACACACUCGUUCGACAACACCGGUGCGGCAUACAACGUGACAAAGAUCCUGACGCCCGAGAAGACACUUGAUGUUGCCGCUUACAAGCAGUACUCGCCCCUCUUCUUGGGGACCUUCUUCUCCCUCACUUACGGCGUUUCCUUUGGCGCUUUGUCGUCCGUCAUCGUGCAUACGGCCAUCUUCCACGGUGCUGAGAUUGUCGAACGCUGGAAGUUGGCGCGGAACCAGGACGCCGAUGUCCAUCUCAAGAUGAUGCGCAAGUAUAGAGACACCCCCAACUGGUGGUACUACGCCUUGUUCGCUAUCUUGUUUGCCUUGUCCAUGGUUACGGUCCUGGUCUGGGACACUCAUCUGACGUGGUGGGCGCUGAUCAUUGCGUUCCUGCUCUCCAUUGUCUUCCUCGUCCCUAUCGGCAUGGUUCAAGGUACCACCAACACGCAGCUCGGACUCAACGUGUUGACCGAGUUCAUGGUCGGUUACAUGCUUCCGGGGCGGCCGAUAGCUAUGAUGCUUUUCAAGACGUUUGGCUACAUCACAAUGGCUCAAGCUCUGUACUUUAUUCAGGACAUGAAAUUCGGUCACUACCUCAAGGUCCCGCCCCGUAUUACUUUCACCGCGCAAGUCGUUGCCUGUGUCUGGUCCUGUAUCGUCCAAGUUGCCGUCUUCAACUGGGCACUCGGAACCAUCCCAGGCAUUUGCGAAUCGGACCAGCCCAACGGCUAUACCUGCCCAGGAGCUAGUGUUUUCUACACCGCAUCCGUGGUCUGGGGCGUCAUCGGUCCGGCUCGCGUCUUCGGCGCCGGUGGAAUUUACUCGGCGCUCCAGUGGUACUGGCUGGCAGGCGCCGCACUUCCCGUCAUCACCUACUUCGCCGCCAAGCGGUUCCCGCGUAGCAGCAUUCGCUACCUGCACUGGCCGCUUAUCUUCGGCGGUACCGGCUGGAUUCCCCCAGCAACAGUCUACAUCUACCUGUGCUGGGGUGCCGUCGGCAUCUUCUUCAACGGCUUCCUCAAGCGCCGCUUCAGGGGCUGGUGGGCACAGUACAACUACAUCACGUCGGCGGGUCUCGACACCGGCUUGUACAUCUGCACUCUGAUUAUCUUCUUUGCUCUCAUCCUGCCCCAGAAGGUCAACCCGCCUCAGUGGUUCAUGAACCCACCCGCGGAUGGAAACCCGAACAUCACCAACGCCUUCAACAACCUGGAUACACAAGGUGCUUCAAUUCCACUGACAGUGGCGGAUGGAGAGACUUUUGGGCCAAAGGAAUGGAAAUAGGCAAGUUACUAGGAGUAUGGGGUGCGCGCUGUUGUCAGAAGGGCAUCUGGGCAGUGUAUAAUAGCAGAAAUCUUCACUGAGCUCGACGCAAUCGUUAGCGCGGCGGACUUUUGGGCUUGAACUUGUUCAGAUAUUGCUAGGAAAUA